GCGCGCUCUUUCCUCUCGACGUCGCUACCUUGUACGAGGUGCCAGUAUUGCGCUCGACAUCGCGCCGUACGGAUCCGUCGGCAUUUUUUAAGGAUCCGUUGCUUCUCCACGAUUAGCCGUCUUAUCUUCUACCAGGAAGGUAGAGACACGGAGAACGCAGUAGUGACAAGUACGCGACGGAAAUGUGCACGAUACAGACUGAAUACUUCACGAUCAAUUAAUCGUCAGAUCCAAACACAUAUACGUGUGCAUGCGCACGCUACGAUACGUCAAGAUGUUAAUGCUGAAGAGCUGCUUCAGGAGGAUCAGCAAGGACUUCCGUCAGAAGGAGCUGAUGCCUCUGAAAUUGAUAUUCUUCGUCCAGUCGUCCACACUCUUCGUGCUGUAUCCGUACCUGACUAUACACAUGAGAGAACUGGGAAUAAAUGUGGAAGAAACCGCGAUAAUGAGCUCUAUCACACCUCUCGUGUCGAUGGUGAUGCCGCCGCUCGCCGGUAUGUUGGCCGAUCGAAUAGGAAAUUUCAGGAUUUUACUGUCGGUGUUUUCCGCGUUCGGCGGUUUAGCGGCGUUAUUGCUGUUGUUAGUGCCGAUCGGCAGAGUGACAGUACAUUUCCCUGAGAGGAUAGUCAUGGACCUCGGUUGUCAAGGUGGAGGUGGUCCGUUACUUCACACAAUGAGCCAGACUCAUCCGUGCGAGACAAAAUUAGAAUCGGAGAUCGCUGUCACGGUAGAAAGUUGCGGAUUCGUGUGUGACGUGAAGACGGGCAACGAGACGGAUCGAGAUUUAGUACUGAAAUCGAGGGUUUAUACGAUCAAGCAUUACAAUCUGCAGACCGGCGCUAAUAUUACGUACAAAUACACCGUUGCACAGAACGACCUGCCAGCGAAUGUUGGCCAGCAAGAAGACAUGAGAGAGAAUCGACAAUUGAGGAACAACGAGUUCUUCAAGACUUCCAUCCGUCAGGUUUCUAAAAAUCGCUAUUUUUUCCCGACGGAUCAGCUCUAUCAGUUCUCAUGUAUUCCGUCGAAACACGUCGAGGAUUUUGGUAACUUUUCGAUCGAUACGUUGCAUGAAGUAUACGGGAAUCGUAUUUCGUGCACGUUAGGCCAUCUGAUCAAGCCGAAGAAUUCCGAUCGAACGAUAAAUUAUCAUUUAUAUAAAUCGAAGAUCAAGAGUUUGCAGUUGGACGAAGAGGAUCGGCAAGAGGAGCAGCAGAAAUAUCUGGCGGAAGAAAUAUCCUGGUCGGGCGAAGAUUUUCGAAAACUUACCUGUGAUAAUCCGGAUUCCACAGACACUCGAAUCGUGAUAGAUACGCAGCUCGAUGAUCACGAUAAAAAUCUGGAAAGCAAACGAGUCUUGAACACGAACGAGUGUAGCAAAAGAUGCAUAGUUACUGUACCUCGCAACGCGAUGUGUUCCAAUAUGAACAUGGAGAUCGAAUACAAUGUAAGCUUGACGUUCUGGCUUUACCUCGUCAUUAGAGUAUUCAUAGGUAUUAUCGGUGGCACGACUUUCGCGAUGUUCGAAGGUGCCGUAAUAGCGAUAUUGCGGGAACACGAAGCGGAUUACGGCCUUCAGAGGAUUUACGGUAGUAUAGGAGGCAUGAUUUCCUCGCCCUUGUCGGGUCUUCUUAUAGAUUAUGCUAGCAGGGGAAAGAGUUACACCGAUUUCAGACCAGCGUUCUACUUGUACGCGGCAUUGAAACUCGCAUCAGGUUUCCUCAUGUUGCUGAUCAAUUUAGAAUUUAAGGCGCCGUCCACAAAUGUCGUGCGCGACGUCUUCACUGUAUUGCGAAAUAUCGAGACUGCUGCGCUCUUUCUUGCUUGCUUUGUUCUCGGCACAGCCUGGGGAUAUAUCGAGUCAUUCCUCUUUUGGCUGAUCCAGGAUUUGGGAGGAUCUAGAUCACUCAUGGGUAUCACCAUAACUGUCGGCGGUAUCGCCGGCAUACCGUUGUUGGCACUCUCUGGGCCAAUAAUAUCGAAAAUUGGUCACGCGAACGUACUCUUCAUCGGAUUUGUGUUCUAUGCCGUCAGGCUUUGCGGAUAUUCCUUGAUUUACAAUCCUUGGCACACUUUGAUCUUCGAAGCAUUGGAGUCAGUCACGUCGUCUCUCAGCUUUACCGCAGCCGUCACUUACGCGGCGAAAUUAUCAACUACGUCCACCGACAGCUCAAUACAAGGACUGCUUGGUGGUGUUUAUUACGGAGUCGGAAAAGGUUCCGGAAGUCUGAUCGGUGGUUAUUUAAUGAAGGCUUUCGGCACCAGACCUACCUAUCAGAUUUUCGCGGUGAUAACUUUAGUGACCGGCAUAAUAUAUUUCAUAUUCAAUGUGGCUUAUUUGAAGAAGCGACCACAGGUCGAAGGCAACGAUAUCGUGAAGAAGAAACCAAAGCCUACCGACGUGAAAAGUAGCGAGAAGCACACGAACGAUAUCAAUCUCGAGGAAAAACCGCAGCUUAAAGAAAUCGAAAAGAAAAGGGAAGAUAACUCGGUGAAGAAUGACGGUAUUGACAAUGGAGGAUUUUUGAAGGAAUUGUCGACAGAAACAAACGAACAAAAUUCAAAUCAGAUAGAAGCUAUUAAAAACGCCAAGAACGUUAACAAAACUAAUACAACUCCGAUCAGUCAACACGAGAAUAAAUCGACCAGGAAAAGCGAUACGUCUCACGUCAAAAAUGAGAAGAGCAGUGCUCGCGAGAACUCUUUCACCAAUCCGAACUUUGAGGCCGACAAGUCGGAUCAGUGCGAAAUCACAGUGGAGAGCCAGCGGGUAGACGACAAGCGUGUCGAUUGACCUAGCUUCCUAGCUGCAUCGAAGCGAUAGUCAAUUAUAACGAGCGUAUGUAUCAUAAUCGAAUCAUACAAUCUCACUAUCGUACAAAUCAAAGAGAAAUCCGUUAAAUGCAUUCGCGUCGGUAUUAUUGAUGCAUUGUAACAUAUCAGUGUGUAUUCAAAGAUCACAUCCAAGCUCAGAUCUCGUCUUAAUAAUAGUUCCCGUGGCAUAUAAAUCAUCGGAGUUUGUUUUUGCUUUACGAUAUUUAUUGAAAUCGUAAUGUACGUUGAGAGAAUAAAAAGAGAACACAUGUUAUACGUCACACACA